CUAAUGACAUGCGCGUUAUGACGUUUUUUUCCAACAUACGUCUGUACGUUUUACUUUAUUUACGAAAACUGUGACUAAUAUUUUAAACAAUGUCUUCGAUAAAGACUGGCGAAUUACUAGACUUUCAAGAUUAUUCGCCCGAGCACAAUGAUAGGAGUGCACGUUUAGAAGUGGAGGCAGUGCAAUCGCAUCAAUACACUAGCUCGAUGUCGAAUCCAAAUUACACGUAUGAUGAACCUAAACUAAACAAUCUAAACAAUGAAGAGCCUGAAACACCGCCACAAACAAAUCACAACUUCUGGACCAUAGAGUAUUACCAGAAAUACUUUGAUGUCCACACCAAUGAGGUGGUGGAGCGAAUCAUAUCCUCGGUGGUGCCGCAGAAGGUGUCCCGCAACUACUUUGAUGAGAGGAUCAAGGGAAAACCUGACUUGUAUGGACCUAUAUGGAUAUCUGUUACUUUGAUCUUCACAAUAGCAGUAAGCGGCAACAUAGCCAGCUACCUCCAAUCCGCCAACAAGGCUGUCCACUGGCGCUACGACUUCCACCUCGUGUCGUACGCCGCCACGGCCAUCUUCUGCUACGUGUGGCUGGUGCCCAUCGCGCUAUGGGCCGCUCUCAAGUGGACCACAGUGACAGACGGGCAGGAUGAGAUUGAGACUCAGACCUCAACAACACCAACAAUGAUGUCCCUCUUCUGUCUGUACGGCUACUCUCUCUCCAUCUACAUCCCCGUGGCCAUCCUGUGGACCAUCCAAGUCUCCUGGCUGCAAUGGCUCUUCGUGCUCAUGGCGGCUUUAGUCUCCGGAGCAGUACUCAUAUUCUGGCUAAUGCCCGCGCUGAAGAAAUCUAAGUACUAUCUCCUUUUAAUAGGGUCGAUAGUAGGUUUUCAUUUUUUGUUGGCAACUGGUUUUAUGCUGUAUUUCUUUCAUGUGCCGAGUGUACAUGUUUUGCCGACGGUCGCUGCUUCGACGGUUGCGCCGUGAUUUUGUGUGAUAUUGUGUACUGGAAUUCUGUGGUAAAGUAGACAUGGAAUAUAUUAUGAUACAGAUGUAGUGAACAAUGUAUUUUCGGAAAUGUUCGUAUUUAUCAACCUACUUCAGUCGCCCUAGCGCUUAGAGAAUAUAUAACCAACGGAGUGGUCAACUGGUCAUUAACAGGCGUUCCCCUCUGUCGAAAAUAGGCUGCCAAUGGUCAACGACGUGUCAACCACAUGUAUGGACUGACGUUUAUCUGACAUGGCUUUGUUUACGUUACGUAUACAUUUGAUGUGCCCCUCCCCCGCAAAAAACGGCAGACUAUUUUGUACCGAAAAUUAUAGACAUGGCGUCUCCGUUGGUUAUAUCCUCUAAGCCCUAGUGCAAUAAGUACUGUUUGUUCUGACACUGGUUGAAAUCUUACCAUAACACGUUCAUGCGUUUCCGUGAAAAUACGAUGAUAAAGAAUUAUUCACUCUCACUACAUUUGUAGAUUGUCACCAGUACUCCUUUACUAUAGUUCGUUUUUUUAGCAUUCGAAAUAAGGUAAACAAUCUUGAUGUGUCUUUUAAUUGAAAAACACAGUUUAAAAAUAAGUUACGGCAAAUAUGUAACAAUUAUGAAUCUAAUGCGAUCAUUUAUAUUCUUCUGCUUUCAUAAGUAACAGAUACUGAUUUUUAAAAAGCGUUUUUCAAUUAAAAGACAUCAAGAUCGCUUACCUUCAUUCAAGUUCUUUCUAAUGCUAAAAAAACGAACUAUAGGCUUUUUAGUAAGUUAAGUAAGAUUAACUAGAUAAAAAAUAAAGAUCUUACCAUGUUCCAUGCCUAACCCAUUUUUACCACAAAAUUUCCGAUUACUGUGUAUUAGAUUGAAUGCACUAAGUCAGUAUAAUAGGUAAAAGUAAAGUACACUGUAACUUACUAUAUUGUUAGAUUAUUUUGCAACCAUGGUUCUUUAGUGUUCACUGGUACUUUUACCUCAAUGGGUAAAUGCUUAGUAACAUGUUAGUUUGCUAAUAACUCUAUAGUAAUAAAUACAAUUAUUUAUUUUCUUUAAAAGUAUUAUUGAGACGGAUUAUAAUGAUGUGCUAACAUUAAGCAUUUAUCUUAUCGAAUAUGUUGUUAAAGUUUAUUUUGAAAUCCUAAUUUGUUUUAUAAUAAUUUAUAAGUACAGACUUGUAUUAGCGUGCACAAUCGAAUGUCAAAAGCAACUUAUUUACAAAUAAAUAAUGUAUAGAAUUCAAUCUUUUGGAAUUUAAGAUGUAUCUAUAGAUUGUUAGAUGAGGUGGUUUGAAGUAUUUUCUAAUUCUACUACAUUCCUAUUUAUAGAUAAAAUGAUUCACAAUUUAAAAGAAACUUAUUUAUUAUUGAAAAUAAAUUUAAUUCUUGAA